UGUUUUAAAAAUUUUAUUUAUAUGCAUAUUAAUAGUUGCAGUUCAUCGGAGCUUCAGGCUCACAAAAUCCCCAAAAUUCUAGGGUUUUAUUUCCGCAACAUUUCCGUAUGAAUUCAAUCGAUCUCUGUGUAUCUACAUGUAUAUAUCGUCAUCAACGAUAACUCUCAGUCCAACAAUGGCUAUGCGAACUGGAUUGAUUCUAUUGGUGGUUUUUAGCAGUCUAACGUACGCCGAUGAGCUUUCUAGGGUUAGGGUUUCGGAUUCUGUUUGCCCUACGAAGUCAAUUGGAUAUUUGAUCUUUGGAAUUGACGAUUCAAUUUGCCGUUUGAGUGGAAUUGAUUAUUAUCUCGGUGUUAUUGAGGGAGACGAGACUUCAUUGCAAAAGGCUUUAAGUAUAGUUGAUACCAACACUCAUGAUUAUGUUGCUGUCCUCUUUUAUGCAUCAUGGUGCCCGUUUUCAACCGUUUUUAAACCAAGUUUAUCAACAAUGUCUUCGUUGUAUCCUUCCAUCCCUCAUUUUGCAAUCAAAGAAUCCGUUGUGAAGCCGAGCACACUUUCGAAAUAUGGAGUUAAUGGAUUUCCUACUCUCUUUGUACUAAACUCGACUAUGCGUGCGCGUUAUCAUGGCUCUCGGACUCUUAGUUCUCUUGUGAGUUUCUACACAGAUGUUACGGGUUUAAAUGCUGAACAAGAUAAAACAUUCCUAAACAAAGUGGACGUUUUGGUUCAUGAUAAAGGCGACAAUAACAACAUAGAUCCAGAAAUCUGCCCGUUUUCAUGGGCAAAAUCACCCGAAAAUUUACUUAAGCAAGAAACGUAUCUUGCUUUAGCCACAUUGUUUGUCGUUUUUCGGACAGUUUACCUAAUUUACCCGUUUAUCGUCACAUCUGUUCAAUAUGCUCGAAGAACAUGGUUGUUGUGGGAUCACCCUUAUGCCUAUUUGAAUCGCGCCAUACAGUUAUUUAGUUCACUUAUAGGUUGCAUGGGUAUUGGUUUCUAUAAUGAAAGAAAGCACUAGUUGAUUAACCUGA